UUUGAAGUUUCAUUAACUUUGUUUGUUUGCAAAAGAUUUUAAUUAAAAAUAUCUGAUUUUAGAAAAUCUAUAAGAUUAUAACCUUUUGAAACAAAAUCAACAGGACGUGGGCGGAUUUGUUGAACAUGGAGCACACUCCGAAAGCGCAUGCGGAGCUCGAAGUUACUGGCGUUUCUCGAAGUGGACGCGUAUGUAAGAAAUCAUCCAAGUUGAUGGACUUCCAGUCCCCGGACGAUAUAUCCGACGCAAAACAAAAGAAAGCACAUAAAAUAAAGUCAGUGCAGCCAGGAGUUCCGGGUCAUAUGGGACUGGGUCAUCUUAUGGAUGCUGUCAAACUGGAACGUGAUACAGAUGGGGAUGAUGAGAUUCCUUCAGAUUCGGGAGAUGAUGAACCAGAUUCCAAUAUUGACACGGACGAUGAUGAGGCCGACGACGAUGAUGCGAUGGACAUUGAGGAUAUGGAAGGAACACAAGAGGAAGAUGACAAAAGUGAGGGUGAGCUGGUAAUCGAGAUGGCUCCCAAACGUAGCUUGUACAUGUCGGAGAAAUCAUCGAAGUACAAAAAAAUGCUGAAGGAUGGAAAGGUUGUGAUGGGCAAGGCACAGCGUAAAGACAAAGGAAAACAGCGAUUCACCGCUUACAUGCUGUGGGCAAAGGAAACUAGGAAACAAAUGCGUGCAAAUCCGGAUGUUGAUUUUAGCAACAUGUCCAAGCGGCUUGGCGAGAUGUGGGCUAAUGUACCGAGUAAUCAAAAGUUCAAUUGGAAACGGCGUGCAAAACGCGUAGCUAACAAAUUCAAGCAAAACAAAGAGAAGGCUCUUUCGGCCCCAUUUGUAAAGCGUUACCUUCACCUGGAGGAUUCUUCAACGCCAGCAGGUGCCACUGGAACCCCAUCGGUUACUAGCGCAAGCUCAUCACGAUCUAAGAAAACCCCGAAGGCAGCCAAUAUGAUAUCAACGGAUACGAAGCCAACUGCUGCUGCCAAUGUUCAUCAUUCGCCGGAGUCUCCGGCCAAAGGGCAAACGAAACUCCCAGGGUAUCAACCGACAGAUGUGGCAGCGCAUCUCAAGCUGCUUGGUGAUAGUUUGACAAUUAUUGGCGAAAGAUUGAAAGAACAUGAGGUUGGACAAAUUGCGGUUUCUGGGAGCCUCUCCGUGCUGUUGGAUAGUUUGCUAUGCUCUUUGGGUCCACUGAUGUGUUUGACUAUUCACAUUCCGGGAUUGCAAUCGGACACGGCUCAUCUAAAGGAACUUUUUCAAAACACGUUGGACAAUAUCGCCUAUGUAAUGCCCGGUUUAUAAACGAAUAAACAAGACAAGAUUUAAAAAAUACCA